GGUUCGCGAGCGCGCCAUGGAGAAAAUCCUGGAUGUGCGGGAGCAGCUGCUGAGCUGGGAGCGCGCGUUCCUGCAGCUACACGGACGGCGGCCGGGCCAGGAAGACGUGGACGCGGCGCCCGAGGAGACCCGAGCGCUCUACCGAGAAUACCGCUCCCUGAAGAAGACCUCGCGCCAUGCCGGCGGCGUCGGACCCCACGACCCCCAGCAGCCGCUUCAGGCCCCGACAGAGCAGGUGUCUGAGCCCAGCUCUUGGGGGUCCCACCUGAAUAGGGCUGCAACCCAGAGGCUCCAUCGCACUCCAGGAUCCAGAUCUCAUGGGUUACCACUGGACUAUGGGAAAAGGCUUAAGGCCAAUUUCCAGGCAGCCCUUCAGGCAAGGCCAGCCGUGGGCCACCAGUCCCUGUCUCCACCAGGAACCUCAUCCAAGUUGCCCUCCCCAGAACCACCACACACAGAGGCUGCUGGUGUCCUCCGGGGACCCCUGCAGUCAUCCAGACCCCAGCCGAAGCCAGUUCGGCCACAGCAGCUGCGGGCGUCCCUGAGCCUGAGGCUGGGCUCCCUGGACCCUGACUGGCUGCAGCGGUGUGACAGGGAAUCCCAGAUUGACCCAGGCACCGUGACAUCCCAGCCUUCAAUCUCAGCUCCCCACACUGGCCCUGAAAUGCCUACACUGACAGUGGAGGCUCCAGCCUUGCAGACAGUGACCUCUCAAUCCUGCACAAGUGAAGACAAGAAGAGGAGACAAAGCAGGAACCCUACAGGCGCUCAGGAAGACCAGGGCGCGGUGGGGUUCCCAACUCACUCUGCUGGGCCUGCACUGGUAGAUGAAGCCAGCCCUGGGGUGCCCACACAUGCCCUAGCCCUUCCUGCACACACAGUUCCCAGGCCCACAAGGCACAAUCGGGGCAAUUACGUGCGGCUAAACUUGAAACAUAAGCACUACAUGCGGGGCCCAGCCCUGCGUGGCAGAUUCCUCCGCCGGCAGGUGUGGAAGCAGAAGUGGCAAAAGAAAGAGGGUCUUGACAGGGUUCGGCGCAGGCCCAUGAGCCAGGACUCCUGCUUUAAGUGUGGACAGCUUGGCCACUGGGGAUCUGAGUGUCCCCAGCACGAAGCAACCUCGGCCUCCCGAGAGGGUGGCGAGGCCAAGUCGCAGACACUGGCCGUGAUGGAGACGGUCGCCCCUCACAUAGGCCCUGUCUCCUGCCCUGGUGAGCCAGGUGGGAGGGAGAAGGGAGCGAGCAGCUCCCAACUGGAGCUUCCACCCACUCUCCUACCUGAAGAUGUAGAAACCAGCAACCUUCAGUGUCCAGGGUCCCCACAGAGGCACCUCCCUGAAGCACCCUGCCCAUCUCCCAUGCUACCACUCUACCAGCCAGCACCCUCGGGGGAGAUGCCAGGUGAGCCAACCCCACAGCCAGGAGCCUGCACAGGAGUUGCUGGGAGCCACGCUGAUUACUAUGUAUCCACAGAGACACCAGCUGAGGUCUUCCAGGCUCUACACCAUCUGGGACACCAGGCUUUCCGCCCAGGGCAGGAGCAAGCCAUCAUGCGAAUUCUGUGUGGCAUGUCCACACUGCUGGUGCUGCCCACGGGUGCCGGCAAGUCCCUAUGCUACCAGCUUCCUGCACUGCUGUACUUUCAACGCAGCCCCUGCCUCACACUGGUUGUCUCGCCCCUCCUUUCGCUCAUGGAUGACCAGGUAUCUGGCCUGCCCCCAGGCCUGAAGGCUGCCUGCAUCCACUCCGGCAUGACCAGGAAACAGCGGGAGUCUGUACUGAAGAAGGCCCAGGCAGCCCAGCUGCAUGUGCUGAUGCUGUCACCCGAGGCACUGGUUGGGGGCCUGGCCUGCCUCACCCAGCUGCCUGCGGUGGCGUUUGCCUGCCUGGACGAAGUCCAUUGCCUCUCGCAGUGGUCCCACAAUUUCCGGCCCUGCUACUUGCGUGUCUGCAAGGUGCUUCGGGAGCAGGUGGGCGUGCACACCUUCCUGGGUCUCACGGCCACAGCCACACGCAGCACCACCCUUGAUGUGGCCCAACACCUGGGUGUAGCCGGUGGCCUGGCCCAGGGGCCCACCGCCAUCCCCAGCAACCUGCAGCUGUCCGUGUCCAUGGACAGAGACCCAGAUCAGGCCCUGGUGACACUGCUACAAAGUGACCGUUUCCGUGCCCUGGACUCUGUCAUUGUCUACUGCAACAGGCGUGAGGACACAGAGCGGGUAGCUGCACUGCUCCGCACCUGUCUGCAUGGGGCCCGGAGGCCUGGAGGCCAAGCCCCAGAGACCAUAGCAGAAGCCUACCACGCAGGCAUGAGCAGUCGUGAGCGGCGGCGGGUACAACAGGCCUUCAUGGGGGGCCAACUGCUGGUGGUGGUGGCCACAGUGGCCUUCGGGAUGGGCCUGGACCGGCCGGACGUGCGGGCUGUCCUGCACCUGGGACUGCCCUCAAGCUUGGAGAGCUAUGUGCAGGCUGUGGGCCGAGCUGGGCGCGACGGGCAGCCAGCCCAGUGUCACCUGUUCCUGCAGCCUCAGGGCGAGGACCUACGGGAGCUUCGCAGGCACGUGCAUGCCCAGGCCACCGACUUCCUGGCAGUGAAAAGAUUGGUGCAGAGCAUCUUCCCACCCUGCCGCUGCCUCCAGCAAAUCACACCAGGGCCUGGGUCCCUGCAGAAGGUGGAGCAAGCCGGCAAGUCACAUGCAGCUCGGUGCCCAGGCCACCUGCGGGCCCUCCCGGUGCAGCCGAUGGUGCAGGCCCUGGACAUGCCUGAGGAGGCCAUCGAGACCCUGCUCAGCUACCUUGAGCUGCACCCCCAGCACUGGCUGGAGCUGCAGGCGUCCACCUACUCCCACUGCCACCUGCACUUUCCCGGGGGCCCCGCCCAGCUGCAGGCCCUGGCUCGCAGGUGCCUGGCCUUAGCCGCCUGUGUGGCCCGGCAGACGCCCAAGAGCACACCUGGGGGUGGUGUGUCUUUGGACUUUGACGUGGUGGCGCUAGCAGACUCCAUGGGCUGGGAGCUACGCCUGGUGCGGCGGGAGCUUCAGCAGCUGCAGUGGGACCCUGAGCUGGGGACAGGGGCGUCCCAGGGCACUGGGGUGCUGGUGGAGUUCAGGCAGCUGGCCUUCUGCCUGCGUAGUCGGGGGGACCUGAGCCCUGAGGAGACAGACGACAUCUGCAGCUUCCUGUGUGGCCGCGUGCAGGCACGGGAGCAGGAGGCUUUAUCUCGACUGCGUCGCACCUUCCAGACCUUCCACAGCGUGGCCUUUCCCAGCUGUGGGCCGUGCAUGGAGCAGCCCGACCAGGAACGCAGCAGCAGACUCAAGGCCCUGCUCAGCUGCUACUUCGAGGAAGAGGUGCCGGGGGUUUCAGAAGAGGAGCAGGGCCCAGAGCCAGGGCAGGUUCUGCUUGGAGAUUGGGAGGACCAGGUCUGCCGGGACAUCCGCCACCUCCUGUCCUCAUGGCCGGAGCAGCAGUUCUCUGGCAGGGCAGUGGCCCGAAUCUUGCAUGGCAUUGGAAGCCCUUGCUACCCAGCCCAGGUGUACGGACAGGACCGGCGCUUCUGGAGAAAAUACCUACACCUCAACUUCCACGUCCUGAUGCAGCUGGCUACCAAGGAAGUGCUGGCAUGGGGCCGCUGAGCACCAGGAGUGGGAUGCAAGGAGGGACCAUAGUGUGUAAUAAAAGCUGCUGCAAGUCGC